GUUCAAGGGGAAUAACUCUCGUGUAUUUUUUUUUUAAUGAAAAUCUGAAAUUCUGAAAUUUCAAAGCAGCAAUCAAAACUUCAUAUUUAAAAUGGCUCUCUCAUUAGAUGACAAGUUAUUAGGGGAGAAAACUCACUAUUAUUGUAGUAGUGAUGAUGAAGAUGGUUCAGACAGAGAAGAAAGUCAAUCAGCUAAAGCAAGUCAGAUAUGUAAAAUGCCAGAAAUUAAACCCCCAGAUACAACAUAUAAAGGUUAUUGUACAAAUACUGGGCCUAAAGGUGUUGUGACCGACUGGAGAGAAUUUAAACGACUGGAAACAGAGAAAAGAAUAGAACAGGAAAAAGAAAAGCAAGCUUUAGCCACAAAGUUGACGCUUACUUGUAGAUCUCAUCUGGAUGAUGAAAUAGAGAAACAAAAAGAUGAUGAUUUUUUACAAGAAUUAGAAGAACUGGAAGAUGAUUUCCUUAAAGAGUACAGAUUAAAACGUUUAGAAGAAAUGAGAAAAGUUUUAGAAGAUGUACCAAAGUUUGGGAAAGUUUAUUCACUGACAUCAGAUAGUUUUAUAGAUGCUGUAGAUAAAGAGAAACCACAAGUUACUGUUAUAGUUCAUUUAUAUGAAGAUAAUAUAUCAGCAUGUGAAGCUAUGAACGGGUCAUUACUGUGUUUAGCUCAAGAAUAUCCAACAGUUAAAUUCUGUAAAUUAAAGGCAUCGGAAGCCAGACUUAGUUAUAAAUUUAGUGAAUUAGGAGUACCAGCUUUAUUAAUUUAUAAAAACCACGAACUAAUUGGUAAUCUUAUUAAGUUGUCCAAUCAUCUAGGUGAUGAUUUUUACGCUGUAGAUGUUGAAAGUUAUUUACUAGAAUAUGGUUUUCUACCUGAUAAAGAUCUAAUAGUACCAAUAAUACGUGACAAACAAACUGGUGAAAUUAGAAGUGUUUUACCAGGUGAUCAUCAAGAGGAUAGUGGUAGUGAUUUCGAUAUUGAUUGAUAGGUCAAUCAGAAUUUUAUAAAAAGUGACAUUCAAAUUAAACUUAAAGAUCUGGUUACAGUGUAUACCGAUAAUAUUUUUCUUCUGAUUCAUUCUAAUCACACAAUAUUAAAUUGAGAAAACCUUUCAUAUAUUUUUGAAAUAACUUUUUUCAUGAUCAAAGUUCACUUUAAGUAUUUACAGUUGGACCAAAUAAGAAUAAAUUGUGCAUGUAUACUGCCUUGUUAUCUUAAGAUUUUUAUAUUGUGCAAUAAAUGUACAUACAUGUAUAUAUAAAUAUUAUAUUAUCUUCUAAUAUAAUAAGUACAGUGUAGUAUUUAGAUUCUUGAAAAUAAAUUUUACAGUAUGUAGAAAUGCUAGAGACACAUUAACUAAAUUGUAACCAUAGUAUAUUGUAAGUGUCAGCUUUUUUUUUCUAUCUAGAUCUACAUUCAUGUUGUGUAUUAAAUAGAUAUUCACAAACGAUUCAAGCAUUAAUUUAAACAGAUUGUAUAAGAAGUAAAAGUCUAGCUAUGCUAUUUAUUUAAUUAGGUUGGAUAGUCAGGGAAGGACCAUGAUUGAUUGAAA